AUGGCGCGGGCCUCUGCAGUUCUGCUGCUCUGGGACUCCUUGCACUCUGACCCCUGUGGGGCUGUCACCAGGGGACCCCCAAGGCUUGCUGACAUCCAGGACUACCAACUGCUGGCUCCCCACUUCUCAGCACCCCUUGGGGCCCCCCAGCAGCAGUGGCGCCCCCUGGAGGAGCGGCUGGGAAGGUUGGAGGCAGAGGUGACCCAGCUCAGAGAGCAGAACAAGGAGCUGCAGACAAGGGUGAAACUGUUGGAAUCCUGCGAAUGCCGCCCAGCUUCUCCUCAGUGUUGGGGGUUGGGGAAGGCCUGGCCCGAGGGGGCUCGCUGGGAGCCUGAUGGCUGCAGGGCUUGCACCUGCCAGGACGGGGCUGUGCGCUGUGACCCCAAGCCCGACAGUCCCCAUUGCCAUGGCUGUAGCCACAAUGGCCAGGCCUAUGGCCAUGGGGAGACCUUCUCCCCAGAUGCCUGCACCACCUGCCUCUGCCUGGAAGGAGCCAUAACCUGCACCCAGAAGCCUUGCCCAAAAGGCCCCUGCCCAGAGUCGGGAGCAUGCUGCCUGCACUGUGAGCCAGGCUGCCCUGGAGGCCGCAGGGCUGGGGAAACAUGGCAACAGGAGCCUUGUGUCAUCUGCACCUGCCAGGCAGGGACCGUGCGGUGCCAGAGGCCCUCGUGUGUAGAGCUCAACUGCCUGGAAAGCUACACACCCCCUGGGGAGUGUUGCCCUGUCUGCCGGCCAGGCUGUGAGUAUGAGGGGCAGGUCUAUGAGGAGGGAGUCAGCUUCCAGUCCAGCUCCAACCCUUGUCUCCGGUGCUCCUGCCUGAGGAGACUGGUUCGCUGCGUGCCUGUGAAGUGCCCUCCCAGACCCUGCCCUGAGCCAGUGCCAAGACCUGGGCACUGCUGCCCUACCUGCCCAGAUCCAGGCUGCACGGAAGGAGGCUCUCACCGGGAACAUGGCCAAGAGUGGACAGUGCCUGGAGACCCCUGCCAGAUCUGCCGCUGCCUGGAAGGCCAUGUCCAGUGCCGUCAGCGAGAAUGUGCCAGCCUGUGCCCGUACCCUGCCCGGCCCCUGCCAGGCACCUGCUGCCCUGUGUGUGAUGGCUGUUUCCUAAAUGGGCGUGAGUACCGCAGCGGGGAGACUGUGGACUCCGGGGACCCCUGCUCGCACUGCCACUGUGCCAACGGAAGUGUCCAGUGUGAGCCUCCACCCUGCCCACCUGUGCCUUGCAGACACCCAGGCAGGAUCCCUGGACAGUGCUGUCCAGUCUGCGACGGCUGUGAGUACCAGGGACACCAGUAUCAGAACCAGGAGACUUUCAGACUCCAAGAGAGUGGCCGCUGCAGCCUCUGCUCCUGCCAGGCCGGCGAGGUCUCCUGUGAGGAGCAGGGGUGCCCGGUCGCCCCCUGCACCCUGUCUGACUCUGGCCCCCAGCUCUGCCCAGCCUGUGUGCUUGAUGGAGAGGAGUUUGCUGAGGGGGUCCAGUGGGAACCUGACGGUCAGCCCUGCACAGCCUGCUCCUGUCAAGAUGGGGUGCCCUUGUGCCGCGCUGUGCUCUGCUCCCCAGCCCCGUGCCAGCACCCCACCCAGCUCCCCGGUACGUGCUGCCCCCAGUGCGAGAGCUGCACCUACCGCGGCCACGUGUUCGCUAACGGGCAGAACUUCACGGACACAGAGAGCCCGUGUCACACCUGCCACUGCCAGGACGGCACGGUCAGGUGCUCCUUGGUCAGCUGCCCUCCCACAACCUGUGCCAGGCCGCGGAAUGGACCAGGCCAGUGCUGCCCCAGAUGCCCAGACUGUGUCCUGGAGAAGCAAGUGUUUGUGGACGGCGAGAGCUUCUCCCACCCCGGAGACCCCUGCCAGGAGUGCCAGUGUCUGGAAGGCCAGGCCCGCUGCCAGCCUCGCGCCUGCCCCAAGGCCCCCUGUGCACACCCACUGCCCGGAGCCUGCUGCCAGAACAACUGCCAGGGUUGUGCCUUUGGAGGGAAAGAGUACCCCAGUGGAGCUGAGUUCCCCCACCCCUCCGACGCCUGCCGCCUGUGUCGCUGUCUGAGUGGCAGCGUGCAGUGCCUGGCCCGCCGCUGCCCGCCCCUGUCCUGCCCGGAGCCGGCCCUGCUGCCCGGGGAGUGCUGCCCUCAGUGCCCAGCUGCCCCCUCCGACUGCUCGCUGCCCGGGAGUGAAGUCCCCGCACGCCACCAGGAGCACUUCUCCCCGCCGGGGGACCCCUGCCGCCUCUGCCUCUGCCUCCACGGCUCCGUGUCCUGCCGGCCGCUGCCCUGCCCGCCCGCGCCCUGCGCCCACCCACGCCAGGGGCCCUGCUGCCCCUCCUGUGACGGCUGCCUGUACCAGGGGAAGGAGUUUGCCAGUGGGGAGCGCUUCCCUUCGCCCACUGCCACCUGCCAAGUCUGCCUCUGCUGGGAGGGCAGCGUCAGCUGUGAGCCUCGGGCCUGUGCCCCGGCACAGUGCCCUUUCCCUGCCAGGGGGCCCUGCUGCCCGGCCUGUGAUGGCUGUGAGUACCUGGGGGAACUCUACCUGAGCAGCCAGGAGUUCCCGGACCCCCGAGAGCCCUGCAAGCUGUGCACCUGCCUGGGAGGCUUCGUGACCUGCAGCUGGCGGCCCUGUGAGCCUGUGGGCUGCAGCCACCCGCUCACCCCACCUGGGCACUGCUGCCCAGCCUGCCAGGGAUGCCUCUAUCAUGGGGUUACUGCUGCCUCUGGAGAGACCCUCGCCGAUCCCCUGGACCCCACGUGCUCCCUCUGCACCUGCCAGGAAGGCUCCGUGAGCUGCCAGAAGAAGCCAUGUCCUCCGGCUCUCUGUCCCCACCCCUCUCCAGGACCCUGCUUUUGCCCCGUUUGUCACAGCUGCCGCUCCCAGGGUCGGGAGCAUCAGGACGGGGAGGAGUUUGAGGGGCCCCCAGGCAGCUGUGAGUGGUGUCGCUGCCAGGCCGGCCAGGUCAGCUGCGAGCGGCUCCGGUGCCCACCCCUGCCCUGCAUGCUCCAGGUCACAGAGCCGGGGAGCUGCUGCCCUCGCUGUAGAGGUUGCCUGGCUCAUGGGGAGGAGCACCCCGAAGGCAGCAGCUGGGCACCCCCCGACAGCCCCUGCUCCUCCUGCGUGUGUCACGAGGGCGUGGUCACCUGCGCCCACAUCCAGUGCGUCAGCUCCUGCGCCCAGCCCCGGCAGGGGCCCGGGGACUGCUGUCCUCGCUGCUCUGAUUGUGAGCACGCAGGGCGGACGUAUGCGCCCGGGGAGAGCUUCCAGCCUGGGCCGGACCCCUGCGAGGUGUGCGUCUGUGAGCAACAGCCCGAGGGGCCUCCCAGCCUUCGCUGUCACCGAAGGCAGUGUCCCAGCCUGGUGGGCUGCCCCACCAGCCGUCUCCUGCCCCCAGGGCCCCAGCAUUGCUGCCCCACCUGUGCCCAGGCGCUGAGUAACUGCACAGAGAGCCUGGCGGGGUCUCAGCUGGCCCCGGCAGACCCUUGCUACACCUGCCAGUGUCGGGACCUCACGUGGCUCUGCAUUCGCCAGACCUGCCCCCAGCUCAGCUGUCCCCCCUCGGAGCGCCAGACCCCCCCUGGAAGCUGCUGCCCCGUGUGUCGGGCCCCAACGCUGCUGUGCCGGCACCAGGGCCGGGAGGUGGCCUCCGGGGAGCACUGGGCGGUGGACGCCUGCACCAACUGCUCUUGCGUGGCCGGCACCGUGCGCUGCCAGAGCCAACGCUGCCCGCCGCUCGCCUGUGGCCCCGACGAGGCCCCCGCCCUGAGUCCCGGCAGCUGCUGUGCCCGCUGCCUGCCCGGGCCCGCUUCCUGCAUGGCCUUCGGAGACCCCCAUUACCGCACCUUCGACGGCCGCCUGCUGCACUUCCAGGGCAGCUGCAGCUACGUGCUGGCCAAGGACUGCAGCGGAGGGGACUUCAGCGUGCACGUGACCAAUGAUGACCGGGGCCGCCGCGGCGUGGCCUGGACUCAGGAGGUGGCCGUGCUGCUGGGACACGUGGUCGUGCGGCUGCUACAAGGCGGAGCGGUCACGGUGGAUGCGCACCGGGUGGCCUUGCCCUACCUGCAGGAGCCGCUGCUGUACGUGGAGCUGCGGGGACGCACAGUGAUGCUGCAUGCCCAGCCUGGGCUCCAGGUGCUGUGGGAUGGGCAGUCCCAGGUGGAGGUGAGAGUUCCCAGCUCCUACCGGGGCCAGACUUGUGGGCUCUGUGGGAACUUCAACGGCUUUGCCCAGGACGAUCUGCAGAGCCCCAAGGGGCUGCUCCUGCCCACUGAGGCUGCAUUUGGGAAUAGCUGGCAGGUCCCAGAGGAGCCAGGACGUGGUCAGUCCUGCUCCAAGGGCAGAGAGGUGGAUCCGUGCCGGACAGCAGGCUACCGAGCCAGGCGCGAGGCCAAUGCCCGGUGUGGGGUGCUGAAGUCCUCCCCGUUCAGUCGCUGCCACGCCCUGGUGCCACCGGAGCCCUUCUUUGCCGCCUGCGUGUACGACCUGUGUGCUUGUGGCCCCGGCCCCUCCGCUGACGCCUGCCUCUGUGAUGCCCUGGAAGCCUAUGCCAGCCACUGCCGCCAGGCAGGAGUGACACCUGCCUGGAGGGGACCCACACUCUGCGUGGUGGGCUGCCCCCUGGACCGUGGCUUCGUGUUCGAUGAGUGCGGCCCACCCUGUCCCCGCACCUGCUUCAACCGGCACAUCCCCCUGGGGGAGCUGGCGGCACACUGCGUGAGGCCCUGCGUUCCUGGCUGCCAGUGCCCUGCAGGCCUGGUGGAGCACGAGGCCCACUGCAUCUCGCCUGAGGCCUGCCCUCCGGUCCUGCUCACGGGAGACCAGCCAGCCAGCGCCCUGCCCAGCCCCAGCCAAGAGCCUCAGGGGGCCCCUGAGCCAAGAUGACGGCAGGACUCACCAGGCCAGAGGUCUCCCCAUGGAGAGCCGCCCCCACCGGGCAGAGCUGCUGAGAGGGCCAGCCUGGUGCUGGAAGCCGGGGCCCCGUCCAGGAAGACUCGGGCUGUCCAGUCAGGACCAGUAAAAUGAG